AUGUCUCUCGUUACCCCCCGCAUUCUCCCAGAAUACCUUCAACAGUUCUAUUCUUCAGGCCCGACAAGUGGUCGAAUGCCGAGUGCAGUACGAAUCCUGGGAAGGGUGUCCUCAUUACGUGGAGAAUACGCUACCAUUACCUGUGGCGACCAUGGCGAUAUCACGCUCAUAUUAAACAGAGACUCCCAUCUCCAGAUGGAUAGGAUGGUGGAUGUAGUGGGAAAGGUUGUGGAGGUGGAGGGUAAUCUUGGCCUCAGAGUAUUUGGAGCUACAGAUUGUGGCAGCCCACAUGAAGUUGAUUAUAAAAUCUACGAGCAAGUCGUGGAAAGCACUCAUAGAUUCAAGACUAUUUUUUACGAUUCAGGUUGA